AUGGGCAAGCGGCGCAAGGUAAGUUCUUCUUCACACUGGUCCCCAUACGACCCCGCCGCGGUCGAGGACGACGACGAGGACUGGGGCGCCGGGUCCAGAGCGCUCGCGGCGUCGAAGCCGCAGAACGGCGACGUGAGCGCGCGAGAGAACACGUGCAGGGCGCACCUGCGCGCGCUGAACGAACAGUUCGCGGAGUGGGUGAGCAAGCAGUCGUCGUCCAGGCCGGUGAAGUCGUGGGCGGUCGGGUGCGAGGACUACCUCGCGCACGUCGCGAAGAUCAAAACCGACUUCAAGGACGUCCUCGAGACGGACGCCGCGGGGGCGAAGCCGACGAUUUCGGCCGCGCCGACGCCUUCCGCGGCGGCGCCGACCUUGUUCGGGUCGCUCGCGACGCCGACGCCGAUGAAAGACGCGCCGCUGUUCGGCGCGUUCGCCGCCGCGAAGAAGGACGACGACGCGUCCAAGCCCGCGCCGGCGACGCCGUCGCUCUUCUCCCUCGGCGGCGGCGCGGCCAAGGCGUCGACCGCGCCUUCGACCGCGGCGCCGAGCCUGUUCCCCGCGGCCGCGAGCAACCCGUUCGGCGGCGGCGGCGGCGGCGGCGGCGCGGGCGCGUCGACGCCGAGCCUGUUCACGCCGGCGCCGUCGGGGGGAGGCGCGGGCGCGGGCGCGGCGCCGCCGACGUUUGGCGGGUUCGGGAUCCCCCCCGCGACGGGCGGGACGCCCGUCGGCGGCGGCGACGGCGACGACGACGACGAGCCCGCGCGGCCGCCGUCGCCGUCCGUCGCCGCGAAAGAGAAGACGGAGGACGACACCGAAGACACGCUUCUGAAGGUGAAGUGCAAGUUCUUCACGAAGAAGGACGCCGCGGACGCGUGGGGGGAUCACGGGGUGAACCACCUCGAGUUUUUGAAGGAAAAAGUCGCCGUGGACGGCGUGAAGCGCGCGCGCGUCGUGUGCCGCAACAGCAUCGGGAAGGCGGUCAUGAACGCGGGCGUGUACGCGAACAUGGGCGUGCAGGUCGUGGAGAAGAAAGCCCCGGACGGCUCCGUGAAGAAGAACGGGAUCAUCGUCCAGCUGUUCAACGCCGUGGAAGAGAGCGCGAAGACCAUCACGCUGUUUCGGUUGGGGAAAGAAGACGACGUCGUCGCGCUCAAGAAGCUGUUCGAGCAGUCCGUCGCGGAGAUGAAGUGAAGCGAAGCGAGCGACGACGGUCUUCUCGCGACCGCGUCUCUCUCUCGCGCGCGCGAGCGGGCGUGUUGAAUGAAUGACGAUCACACGUAAACCC